AUGACUUGCUUCUCUCUUUUUUUUUAUUCUUUUUCAUUUUUUCACUCUUCAGUUAUCUACUUCUUCUUCUCUAUUUUCUUUUCUUUUUUUUCUUUUUUUGUUCCUCUCCCUUCCAACUUCAAUCUAGUCUUUUACUUUCUCUCUGUCCUAUUUUACUCUCUUCCUAUUCUUAAUUUCUCUUCUCCUUCCUCCCUUAAUUUCACUUCUAUCCUUUUUCCUUUUUCUUCUUCUUCGUCCUUCUGUGUAGCUUUUGAUCCUCCUUCUCUUCCCCUAUUUCUUUUCUUUCUUUUCUAUUUUGCAUUUCUCUUCUUACAUUUUUCUUUAUCUUUUUUUUCCAAUCUUCCUCUCUUUAUUCACUCUUCUUCUCCCUUCUCGUUUUCUUUCUUGUAUUUCUCAUUAUUCUCUUUAAAAUCGCCACUGCUCCUUCCUCAUUCAUUCAUUCAUUUCCCUCUUACUCUUUCUCUUCUUCUUCCUCACAUCAAUUUUCAUUCUUUUAUCCUCUCUUUUUCCCUCUGUUUUUACCCCUACAUCGGUUCCCUCACUUUAUUUUCUACCUCUUACUACCCCCAUUUCCUUAUCCACUCUCCUUUUUCAAACCCUACUUAUAUUUUAGACGUUUUGCUUCUACUCCCCAUAUUUUCAACUCAGUCCAAUACCAUUAAUGGCUGA